CUAGUUAAGUAAGUAACAAAGGUUUCUUUUCUCUAAAAUUUUUAUUUGCUUUCUGUUAGUUAGUUUGUUUUUCAUUCUGUUUUUGUUAUUCUGUCAUUUAUUUUUGUUCUGUUUCUUUACUUAAAUUAUAUGAAAAAAAUAAAAUUUGAAAAAUAAAAAAUUAACCUUCCGUUCCUUUACUUGUUAUCCUUAGAAGUUUGCUCAGUUUGUCAUCAUCAAAAAGGGGGAAAUUGUUGACCCUUAUGAGGUUUUGAUGAUGAUGUUAAGAAUUGAGCAAACUUCCAUCUAAUAAGGAUUGUCUAGUGUUGUGAUGUUUGCAGUUUCAGUAGGCUCUGGGAGUUGAAGUAGGAACUGAAACAAAGGAACUUUAGAAGAUCCAUGAGGACAAGUAAAGACAGAAGAAGAGUUCCAGCAAUGGAACUUCCUGAAGUUCUUCAUAGGAACUUCAAACGGAUUGUAACGACCUGGUUCCGGUGUAAUGCUGGGGCAAACCUCAACAAUCAAGAGUCAGUGUAGAGCUUGAGAUAUCAACCGAAAAAUAUGGACUUCAUAACUUAUAGUUGUAAAAGAUAAGUUUGUUUUAUAGGUUGAUGUAAACAUGUAAAUGAUUGUUAUGCAUGGAACUUAUUAGAAAUCUGAUAAAACUUGGCAAGCUCAUCAAUUCAUAAAAGAUAACUACAGUUUUUAUGAAAAAGUAUUUAUUUGAUUUUAUCUUCUAAAAUUUGAUUUAACUCGGUUUUAUCUUUUUCAUAAAAUUCUAUCUUUUAACCAAAACGAAUUGAUAAAAUUGGUUUUCAAAGAAGGCGAGAUUAAAUUUGUUUUGAUUUUGGUUUUAGAGAGAUAAGGUUAGAUUUUUGUUUAACUUAUCAUAUUUGCGAAAACCCUAAUUCGUGAGCUGAGAAACUUCUAUAAAUAUAGAAGGAAUUCAGUGAAGCAAAAUGAGAGUUUUGAGCGUGAAAACCACUUAGUGCUUAAGAGUAAGUUUGCCAAAGGUUUAAGCUUUAUCAUUUUGAUUUUAGGUUUCAUGUGUAGCUUUCCAUUUAUGUGUUAAGAGUGAGUCUUUGUGUUGUAAUUGGUUUUGGGGUGAGAUUGUGAAUUCUCUACAAAUUCACGCGUGUGUGUAUGAGUUUGAAUUCUCUAAAAUUCAAGUGGUAGUUGUGAGUGCACAGUGAGUGAAAGGAACCUGAGAAGUGUCUUGGGUCCAGUGAAAGGAACCUGAGAGGUGUCUUGGGUCACCUAAGAAGUGUCCUGGGUUAAAGGGAAAAAAGGUACCUAGGAAGUGUCUAAGGUCUGGUAGGAGGUGUCCUAUCAAGUGGCAAGUGUGUGUGGUGGAACUUGCAAAGCAAAGGUCUGUGUAAUAGGUUGUACUAGGAGAGUUGCCUAUUAUAGUGGAAUUUGUUUAUAAGUCCCAAUAGGGUCGAGGUUUUAUUUCCAGUUAGGCACUGGAUGGUUUCCUCGUAAAACUUGCUGUGUUCUUUAAGUUCCUUUUACGUUUUGUUUUUAAUUUUCGCAUAAGUUUCAUGAUUGGAACCUACUACUAUUCACCCCCCCCUCUUGUAGUAGUUCAUCUAAAGUAACACGGCGACAUACACCCAACUAACGAGAAUGUCCCUGUUUCUCGUAGUAUGACAUUUUCGUAAAUAAACCCACAAAUGUAUUCAACUUUAUUCAAUUGUGGAGCCCACAAUAAUAAAAAAAAAAGUUAUUGAUUUAUUCACGAAAAUGCCCUUAUGAGAAAUAAAUUUCAUUUCUCAAUAUGAGAAACAGGGUGUACUCUUGUCAUUGAUUUAUUGUGAUAGAUGUUUCUUAAUAUAUCUGAUCUCUUGUUUUUAUAUAUUUGCAGGAUUUUAAUGCAAAGUUAUCAACAUAUGUGUCAACGUACUCAGGUCAUAGACAUUCAGAGUUAUGCAACACAGGGUUACGCAGCACCAGAGUUUGUAAAUACAGGUAGCAUUUCAGCAAAGAGCGAUGUUUACAGUUAUGGGAUUUUGUUACUUGUACUGUUAACUAGACGACCUGCACUUAAAAGUACAUUGAUGGGAGAGGAAGCAGUGGUGGAUUGGAUAAAGGCGUUCCGGGAAAAGUUACUGCAGAUGAUGGAUCCUAGACUAAAAGGCCAAUACCCGAAAAAGGCCGCAUUCACAGUUGCUACACUCGCCUUACAGUGUACACUUGUUCAAGCAAGUUCCAGGCCUGAAAUGUCAGAUGUCUUACAGAAACUAAAAAAAGCUGUAAGACCUUCAAAAUGCAUAUAAAGUUCCAAAAAUGCAAGCAACACAAACAACUCAUUCAUUCCCCGGCCUUGGCAUCCUCAUUGUAAUCGAUCUCAUCGAAAAUCUAUUUGUGUUUGUUGAUCAUAUUAUAUAGAUUUCAAUUCAAUUUUUGAUGGUUUAUCGUCUCUGUAGAAGACUCCCUUCAACUAGUGUCAUCACUUGCCUUAACUGAUACCUAGUAUAUUUUGUCUUCUCCAUUAUGUCAUUUUGCUACAUCAGUGAAAAAUUUACACACCUUUGCUUACUAUGGUUUUGACAAUUUGCUGAUAGUUUUGCAUUGCCUCUCUGUUUCAGCGUUGGAGUUGGAGGAGGAGGGGGGAGGGGUUUCAUCAUCGCCUGCCAUUGAAGGAGGAGGACGACUAUGAUGGAGGUGGUGGACGGCUAGGUGGAAGCUUCUAGGAUCGUUAGGGUUUUGUGAGAAAAGAAAAGAGAGAAAAGCCUAUUAGGAAUCUGAUACCAUGUAGAAUAGUGUAAUUCUCCUUAUCGGAGGCAUUCUCAUUAAUUCAAUAUAUAUAGGAUUUACAACCUAGUCAUGAGAAACCUAAUUACACAAGAUAUAUCUU